GAACUGUUGCCUGCCAUAUUAAAGGGAAUCGUCAUGGGUACAAUCAUCAUAGCCGCUGUCCUUGGUAACGCCCUAGUCAUAAUUAGUGUCGUCAGACAUAGGAAGUUAAGAAUCAUCACUAAUUAUUACGUCGUCUCGCUUGCGUUAGCCGAUCUAUUGGUUGCUCUUUGUGCCAUGACGUUUAACGCAAGUGUAGAACUUACGGGAGGAACCUGGUUGUUUGGAUAUGUCAUGUGUGACGUUUGGAACUCACUGGAUGUGUACUUCUCCACCGCUUCCAUAUUGCAUCUGUGCUGUAUAAGUGUAGACAGGUAUUACGCGAUUGUAAGGCCGUUAGAAUAUCCAAUCACAAUGACCCAUAGAACAGUGUGUUUCAUGAUAGCCAAUGUUUGGAUGCUCCCAGCUCUCAUUUCAUUUACACCCAUAUUCCUCGGCUGGUACACCACGCCAGAACAUCAAGAAUUCCGAACAUCGAAUCCCAAUGUGUGUAUUUUUGAAGUUAAUAUUUAUUAUAUGAUGAUAUCGUCCGGUGUAUCUUUCUGGAUUCCUGGUGUGGUGAUGGUUACCAUGUAUUACCGUAUUUAUAAAGAAGCCGUGAGACAGAGGAAAGCCCUGUCCAGAACUUCAAGCAAUAUAUUGUUGAACAGUAUUCAUCAGCGUCACACGAACCAUCAUCAUCAUCACAGCCACUAUCUGCAUCCAAGUGACAAAAUAUUGACAACCGUGCCUCAAGUGGGAUUCGAACGUACGUUCUCAGUGUUUCAGCGGACGAAACGAAGUGGAGCUGUCAUCCUCACGCUCCGUGCGCGCUACUUCCUCAUAAUGGGUUUCCAGCGAACGCUGGAGAGGACGCUGAUGGGCCCCACAAUCAAAACACAUGCACAAGAAAAUUCCACGUUGUUCCAAGAAUUGGACAACUGGUCAUCCAGCCUGCAGCCAUUCAAUUUACUAAGCUGUAAUCAGAGCUGCUGA